CAAGGAUGACAAGAAGAGUUUUCCAUUUACAGAACUGCCUCUGAUCUAAAUACAAGGAUUUUGCUACAGGUCCCGUUUCAUCUGAUAGAAUUUUGUAAUCAUCAGAAUAACAGAAUGGAGGUAAAGGUGUAUGUUGAAGGUGUCCAGCGUAUUGUUUGUGGAGUAACUAAAAACACAACAUGUCAGGAGGUGGUCAUCGCUUUAGCACAGGCACUCGGUCGUACCGGGCGAUAUACUCUGCAAGAGAAGUUCAAAGAAUACGAGCGUACCUUGACUCCAGAUGAACAUCUCCUGGAGUCUUUGGAGAAAUAUGGUGAGCAGGCUAAAGAGGUGCAGCUCAUUUUGAAACAUAUCGGCCCGUCCCUCGGGGAAGAAUCAUUUUUAUCCUGGGCCCAAAUGAGGCGAGCAGGAGCAGGGAGGGCACGGAGAGGCAGUGGGGUACUCGACCUUCACCGCCAGAGUCUUCCACCACUAUCACAUCUCUGCCUCCACUCUGAGCCCCCCCCUGAGGAACCAAAGAGACCCAAAAGGAAGUCGCUGACGCUGAUGGAGGAAGCAUGGGGCUGGCUGGAAAACUUGGGCAGAGGCAGCAAACAGCAAUCAGGACGAGAUAAGGGGAAAAACAAGGAGGGCAAUAAAGGAAAUGGGCAUUUAGAUAGCACAUCUUUGAAACCAACCAAGAGCUCUCUAACCUCUGGGGGACCACAUGGAAAGGACAAAAAGGAUAAAAAUAGAGUGGCAUUGCACCAGCCUUUGAUCAGUUGCCUUGGGAACCGUGGAAGACGCAAUGAUGAGAGUCGCUUAUCAGCGAGAAGAGAGAAAGAUUCAAAAGAAGUCGUGGAGAAGGAUUUGAAGGCCAUCAGAACUGACAAGCCAUUAGUUCCUGUUGUUCAGAUGAGCAGCAGUCAUAAAACUGACAGUGAGGAGACUGAAGCAUCACGACAACUGAUCAUCCAACAGCAGGCUAGUCUGCAAGAACUAAAGAUCAAAAUCAGUUCAACCGACCAACAGAUCCGUGAACUUGAGGACCAACAAGCCACCAAACAGAAUUCAGAGUCAGAGGAUGAGGAACAGCUCAAGUUUUGGCUGAACGAGCUGAAGGCAGAGGAAGGCUUUGAGAGAGACCUGCAGCAGCAGUUCUUUCAGAUAAAGGAGGAAGCAGACAAAUGCAAAGCCAAAAUAAAGGAGUACAAAGAGAAACUGCUUUCGAUGGAUCUAAACUUCGAGCAGCAGCAAAUUGAUCAUGAAAAUCUUACUGGACAAACCGACGUAUCAUAUCCUGAAUUGCAGCAUAUAGAGCAAAGCGUCAAACAAACGGAGAGCUCCGUGGACACAUCGCAAGGAAAUGGUGAAACGAAAAGGGUGGUCACAACACUGAACUCCAACGUACCGUAUGUGUUUGUUUCUGCAAAUCAGACAUCACAUCCUCCACUGAGUGGACCAGCAGACUUGAGGGAGUGGUGGACACGAUGGUCUCAGAGUCAGAAUCAGACAACAGGGACUAAACCUAAGAUACACCGCUCUGAAAUCACCAUCCACAUUGGAAGCACUAGAGUUUAAGCAAGUCUGUGUACUUUCUAGGGCUGUCAAACGAUUAAUCACAUCCAGAAUAAAAGUUUUCAUUUAAAUAACAUUUGUCUGUGUACUGUGCAUAUUAAUUUUGUACAAAAUAUAAAUUGCACAGAACACAGCCAUAUAUUAUGUAAACACGAUUAGUCGCUUGACAGACCCAAGUAAUACUUAUG